AAAAAAGUUACACAUAGACCAAAUAACCUCUAAAACUUGUCUCUCUCGCUGCCAAAACAAAAUAUAACUAUUUUUCUCUAAUCAUGACAUCCCAAGAGCAAGAAAAUGAAGAUCUGAGAAAAGCAGCAUACAGAGGAGAUGUGAAAUUCUUGAGAGAUUCAUGUGUUGUCUAUAAUAAACCUCACGGUUAUUAUUUAACAGUGUUCCAGAGUAAUCGAUAUGAGUAUCUUCCUGCAGGCAAUAUCUUCCAUAUAGGGGCCUCAGCAAACCAAGUAGAGUUCAUCAGAGAAGCAAUAAAAUUAUUGGCUUCAGAAGUCGUACAAGAACUCAUCCAAACAGUAAAUCAAGAUAUGGAGAAUCCUCUUCAUUGUGCUGCCAUCAGAGGCAAUGUAGAGGUUAUAAAGAUGUUGCUAGAGAUCUUCCCUUCGCAAUCUCUUAUAAGACCUUGGUUAGAUAAGGAUAUCACAGGAUCAACCCCUUGCCACAGAGCUUUAACUUAUGGGCACGAGCAUUGCGCAUCAGAAUUUUUAAAGAAGGAUAAGGAGCUCUUGAACAUGAUUGAUAAUCUUGGUAUCAGCCUACUUUUUAGAGCUGCGAGUAGAAGGUGUAACAAAGUUGUUUUGGAAAUAUUGAAGUCCGACCAUUCGUUUAGCACGGACGGUCCCGACGGCCAAAAUGCCAUGGAAUACUUGCCAAGAUGCUCAGAUGACAAAGAAAUUUGUCGAUUGUUUCUUAUAAAAAAGCCAGAGCUAAUCUACACAAAGGGAUUUUCAAUACUAAACACAUGGGCUGCGGAAGGUAAAGUUUGGCCAUUUGAGCAUCUAUUAAUGUGUGAUGAUAUCAUCCCAAAUGUCAAGAUGGUUGUAUUCAACAUAUUCUUAACAAAAGACCCAGAAUCAGGUUAUAACCUUUUACAUACCCUUGCUCUUUCUUCUAGUAUAAAAGAAAGUAUCCAAAUAGCAAAGCUCCUUAUGGAUGUGUACAAAGAUGAAACAUCAAAUAAGGAAAUAACAACGCAUGCAUCGACAACUUCAAGCAUCACACGAGACCAGCAGUCGUUAUUUCCAUGGUUAUUGGUGAGUAAAUCUAGAAUUACUCCUCUUUUGGCGGCCAUAUAUAGUGGGAAUGAAGAUUUUGCCUCGUAUAUUUUGUCACUGGAUAACAAAGCUGUAAUACAGUCGCCGUUUAAUUGCCUCCAUGUAGUCACCAUGGCAGCAAAUCCUAAAUCUGCAUAUCGUCCAGAAAAGAAUAAAUUGGAAAGAUUUGCACUAGAGAUUCUAGAAGUAUUGAUUAAGGAAGGAUGGACCCACCUUAUAAUUGAUGGUGAUGAAGUGGUUACCAUGCAUAACGCACCAUUCUGCGGAGAAUUAUUUUUGGAACGGUUAGUUGCAGUAUUUCCAGAGCUAUUGGAAAAAGUGAGCAAAGCCGGAGAAACUGUGUUACACAGCUGGGUAAAAGAGGUAGGUAAAGAAUGGCCGUUUAAAUGUAUAUUUGAGAGUGAAAAUAUCGAUCAAAAAUGGAGAAGUCGUCUCGUCAAACUCAUGUUUAUGUACAACUACAAUCAAAACAACCCUUUUCAUGUUGCUGCAACUUGUAGCCACAAAGAAACUCUCCAAAUUGUGAAGUUCUUAGUAGAAGCUUACAAAAAAGAAGUUCCUGAUUAUUUUCGGUAUGACUCAUUUAUGCUUCCUUGGUUACGAUAUAAUUCAAAACGUGAAGGAUCUCUGCACUUGGCCAUCAAAAAUAAACAGGACGAGCUUGCAAAAUAUAUAGUGUCACAACUUGGUGACAACAAUAUGGGUGAAAUAAUAGAUUUUUACACCCCAGAGCACGAGACUCUUUUGCUUGCAGUACAGAAUGAUUGUUUUCAAGUGACCAAAUACAUGAUGGAAAAUUUAGAUAAGGAAUGCUGGAACAAACAUAUAAAGAGUUCGGUUGACGGGCGAAAUAUCUUGCAUAUUGCUUCACGUUGCAAAGAUACAGAAUUGGGUACAUGGCUUAUUGACCAAACACCAGAGUUCAUCACUGAACCAGACAACGAGGAAAAUACACCUUUGGAUGAAGCAUUUGCUUUUGGUGCUACAUGGUUUAUAGAACACGUCUUAAUAAAAUUUCCUUUAAAGUUCGAUAGUGCAACUUUAUCUUGGGUAAAAGCAUGUGAGCAAGGUAAAUAUGAGACGCUUGUAUCAUUCAUUCUUCAAUAUCCAGGAGAUUUCAGAAAUCUUUGCAUACAAAAGAAGAUCUCACCUUUACAUCAUAUCAACAAGCUUCGAAGUUUAAAAGAGUAUGAAUCAUUUGUCACCAUAUCAGACAUGAAAGGUCUUAUCAACCUUCAAGAUUCUGAGAAGAAUACACCAUUGCACAAAGCUAUAGAGAAACAAAACAUACACUUGGCGGAAGCAUUACUUGGCUUGGAAAAAACAAAUUACACCAUCAAGAAUAAGGAGGGGAAAUCAGCCAUGGAUAUGUUGGCCGAUAAAUGCAAUAGUGAAGAUCUUAGAUGGGAUGAGAUGUGCCAAAGAAUCGAAAUCAAUCCAAGAAUAAAUACAUCAUUCUUUCAGCAACGCACUGAUUUACUAGAAGUGCGAAAUUCGCUUUUCGUGGUGGCAGCUUUGAUAGCUACCAUUACAUUCGCUGCUGGAUUUACUCUCCCUGGUGGAUUGAAUCAAGACACUGGAGAAGCAAUGAUGGUGAAGAAGGCAGCUUUCUUGGUGUUUUUGAUGGCUAAUACAUUAGGCAUGUGUACUUCCACGUUGGUGUUGAUUUGCCUUAUAUGGUCCUUGGUCCAAGAUAAAUCUUCUGAGGUUCCGUUGUUAUUGAUUGAAAAAAGCAUGUAUUUACUCAUGCUAGCGAUUUGCUCCACCUUAUUGGCUUUUAUGACUGGAGUCUUUGUUACAAUAUCCCCACAGACCUUAUGGCCAACCAUCGUUGUUAUCGUCAUGAGCUCUUUCAUUGCAGUUUUAGUUGAAAGGAAUCUAUUGCAAAAAGUCUUAAGAAUUCGUCCAACAAAACAAGGAGGAGUGAGGGAGCACCAAGAACACGAGAUCUUUCGGGGCGUAUCGAUUGUUGAUGCUUGCUCAGCCUUCAUUAAACAAUUUCAAUUCCGACGGACAAGGAAGAAUGAAGAACAUGAGGAGACUCCAAACCUUGUUUGAAACAUAAACGGGAGCAAGCUAGCGAUUCGUUGUGUAGGAGUGGAGAAUAUUCCCAUUCAAGAUUGAAAGCGGAAAUAUGAAGGCGAUGUUAUUGUCAUGAGAAAUCUUGUUAGAUUCUUCUCAGUAUAUACUUUUAAAAUUAUAACUUUUUAUAAUUGUUAUUCGUGUACAAUUCAAGAUAUUAAUGAUCAAAUAAGCGCAUUUGGGCUCAA